UUUUUUUUGUGUGUGUGGUUGGAGAUGUGGAGGGUGUGUGUGACUGCGUGGUUGUGUGUUUAGGAAAUGAGGGGGGCGUGUGUUGAGUUGUGAACACAGCAGUGCAACAGCUGGAUCAGCAGUCCGUCUGUCCCACCGUGCAGCACCGCAGCAUGUUGCAGGAGGAGUCUUCACAUUAAGUCAGUCUCGUAGUGAAACGUUCAUGAUGCCUUCACUGUCCGCUGUUGCGUGGACUGUUUACUGUCUCCUGCUCUGGAGGAGAACGGCAGCUCCAAGUGUGGAUGUGCGAUGCUCUGUGGUUGGUCCAGUCGGGGAGCUGCACCCUGUUCGGGGUCUGUUAGAGACGUUUGAGGUUGGUCCGGGCUGUGCUGCUCGAGAACAUGGGAACAAGGAAACGCAUGUGAUUGCAGUGGGGAGAGUGACAAACAGCCCCGAGAACAAGGUGACGGUACUACUGAAGCCUUUGUCUCCGUCCCCGUCACCUCUCAGAGCCCUCCACCUGCUGCUCAGCUCCAAGCACCCUGUCACCUGGUGCCUGGAGGCUGAGCGACUGCCCCCCAACCUCCCAGUGCUGGUGCAGUUAUCCUCAAACUCCAGCGUGCAGUCCCGCAGCCUGCAGUUGCACGUCCAAACGGUGCAUUCGUUGCCGUUUCAUCCGCGUGCGCUGCACCGCUGGGCCAUGAAACACCACGGCAACCUGUCCUCUCUGACACACACAACACACGGCAACCGAGUCUACAUCCCACUGGGAGAGGAUCCAACCCUGCCGGCUGUGUGUCAGCUGCAGUCCAUGUUCCUCUCUCACAACUACAUGACCUCUGACCUACAGCAACAGGAAGUGCAGGGCUGCGCCUACGCACCAGCCGGUGGGAUCAGCCCUGAAGUCCACGUGAUCAAGCUCCAUUCAGCGGGCUCGGGGCUCUGCGGCUCUCUCCAGGUGGAGGUGAUUGUCUAUCUCGUGCCCCUGGUGGCCAACUCAAAGACGCAGAAGGUUGUGCUGAUUCUCAGCAGCUCGAUGCCGGUCAACUGGGCCAUUGUUGCACACGGUGUCCAAGGUCAUAUCUCCGUUCAUUCCUCCAACAGUGUAUCCCCACCCUACCCACCUGAGCCUGACCUGACCCUGUCCAGUACCCAAAACUCUGACCUGUCCACCAUACCUGACCUUCUCGUGUGGGCCAGUGAGAGGGGCUACACCAUGGUGACCUCAUACACUGAGGCUGACCUGGCCAAUCGCUUUGUGAUCCAGCUGGCCGGGGGCGGGACAGACGUGGUUGCAGUGAUGAAUCCUCUUGUUGUGAGGCCUCCCUGGGCCGAGGAGCGCCGGCUCAGGCAGUGGCUGAAUGGUGGAGGCAGAGCGGGAGGAGGCCGAGAGAGUUUCACAGUGCAGUGUGAGGACGGACGCCUCAGCGUGACCAUGGACCAGCACAUCCUGCAGAACUUGUCUGUCCCAGUGGCUGCCGUGACUCUACGAGACUCGACGUGUCAGGCUCAGUCCAAUGGGAGCCAUUUCCUGUUGGUGUUCCCGGUCAUUUCCUGUGGGACUGAGGGUGUGCUCCUGGGACAGCCCAGAGGGGUUCAGUACAAAAACAUGAUGUUACUGUGGAGAGACAAACCUCAGACCAUUCUGUCACUCGGUGAGACAAAAAAUAAGUCAAGGAGUCCACUCGGCAUACAUUUCAGCUGUCUGGCUGCAGUCCCCGCCUUCCCCGGCCCUGAUGAUGAUGAUGAUGAUGGUGAUGUUAAUGUAAACACUCCUCAGGCGGAGCUGGUCCCCUGGGAACAUGAAGGUCCAGGACCUGAUCCAGAACUAAGCCUCCUCCCGGUACCCAGACAAAGACCUGGACCUGUUCUCACUUUGAAGCUUUUUGUCACUGAGAGCUACGAGCAAGGACGGAUUGGCCCCUGUGUCAUAACCGCAGACCAACGUGUCUAUGUUGAGAUUUCAGCCACAGGGCCCCACAUAGAUGUUGUGGAGGUGAACUCAUGUGUGGUCUCUCCUGUAUCAGACCCAAAAAAAACUAUUUUCUGGACUGUCAUAAGCGACGGCUGCUCCUCAGAACCCUCGCUGACCCUUGCAAAAGAUGACGACGAGGACGAAGAGGUCGAGGGUGAUGAUGAACUGGAAGAGGAAAAGGAAGAGAUGGAGGGACUGGGAAAAGGCGGAAAUUACGAAUACCACAGAGUUGAAAGAAGAGAGGCAGAAGCAGCAAGAAGGCUGGAAAAUAGGAGGAUAAGUCUGGGAGAAGAGGAGGAGAUACAACGCCUGAGAUUUAGCUUCAUCCUGCGGCCGCUUUAUAAUGACGCUAUGCAGUUCCUCCACUGCAGCCUUCGCCUGUGUGUCUCUGACUCGACAAGACGGGAACCAGUAAAGGAAACAGUAAAGAAAGACUGUCGGGGCAGGAUACAUAUCCCUCCACUUGUAUCUGGAACACCCAGACAUCAGUGUGAGAUCAGAAACCUCUCCAGGCCCAUGGUGGUCACCCAGCCUAUUAUUUCACUGCCACCCAAACUGCUGAGGCCCCCUGCUGGCCAGAGAACCAAGAGACUGAGCGCCCCUCCAGUGGCGAGUCCAGACCCAGAGCAGAGCAGCUCUGUGGUGCAGAUGGGACCGGUGAUGGGGAUCGUCUUUGCUGCCUUUGUGAUGGGUGUCUGUCUGAUGGGCGGCGUGUGGUGCAUCUACUAUUAUACAGGGGCUCGUCAAGCAUCAUUUGGAGAAGGAGAUCAUUUAACAGACCAGACACAUGGAGUCCACAACAUCUGGAAUCACCCGUCACCGUCCGAUCAGUCCUCCAGCUCGGUGUAGAGGAUUUCCUCUCUGCAAAUCUGAGAAAGAAGAACUGGGGCAGAGGUUGUAACAACAGCUGUCAUCGUGCAAGUUUUGUGCAUGCUUCCCGCGACUAUCAUUCACCGCCGUGCAGCAGAAAUGCCGAGAGAGGAGACUGAAACCAUGUGAAGUACAGUAGCACUUAGUCAUCGCAGCAUUGUGAAAAGUCAGAUGUUUGAUUUCGAAACGUUGCUUGAUGCUGCGAGUCAUUCUAUGCCGAGUCAUUUCAAAACUGGCAGCCAAUGAAGAGGGCUUUAUCUGGAUUCAACAGGAUAUAAACUUUUGUCUUGGAGUGACUCAGACAGAAAACAUGUCGUCGUCAUGUCUAGAGGCAGAUUACAAGGUCGAAUGAUGAACUGAGAGGUUACUGUGUGUGCCCGUUUGAAGAGCCAGUGUUUUACAUUUUCACUAUCUGUGUUGUAACUGUGAAUCAGCUGGAUGUCAAAACUCCAUUUACCUGUAUGUGAAUUCUUCUGUGUUCAUGCACGAAUUAAAAGAGCUGGAAGCCACGCUGACUCGUCGCGUCACUCAGAUCAGAGGAAGGAAGUUGAUGCGCGUUGUGAAAUAUAUAAAAAUAUAUUUGUUGUCACUAAUAAAUCAUUUUUUGGCGUCUUA